UAAGUUUUCAGCACCACAGACCAGAGAACAGUAACAGUCACAGGCGCGCGACAGUCCUAGAGCCAUGGAGCCGUCCACUGCCCCUGGUGCUGAACCGGCUGAUUUCGACAUGUACUCGGUGAUUCCGUUCAAUGUCACCUACCCGGACGACGAGAUGGGGUUCGUGCCCAACGGGGAAAACUACACCCAGCAGCUCCCGGUUCAGAGCGCCUCCAAUAUUAUAGUAGCCAUCUCCAUCACCGCGCUCUACUCGGUUAUCUGCGUGGUGGGAUUGCUCGGGAAUGUCCUUGUGAUGUACGGGGUGGUGAGAUACACCAAGAUGAAGACAUCCACCAACAUCUACAUCUUUAACCUGGCUCUAGCGGAUGCCCUAGCCACCAGCACACUGCCCUUCCAGAGCGCCAAGUACCUGAUGGGGACCUGGGCCUUCGGAGAGGUCCUCUGUAAGGUGGUCAUCGCCAUCGACUACUACAACAUGUUCACAAGCAUCUUUACCCUGACCAUGAUGUCUGUGGACCGCUACAUUGCUGUGUGCCACCCAGUGAGAGCCCUGGAGUUCAGGACGCCCGCCAAGGGUAAGAUCAUCAACGUUCUGAUCUGGGUUCUGUCCUCUGCCAUCGGAGUGCCCAUCAUGGUCAUGGCGGUGACCAAAACAACAGACAGUGGUCAGACUAUGUGUACACUGAAGUUCCCCGACCCUGACUGGUACUGGGACACAGUCACUAAGAUCUGCGUUUUCAUCUUUGCCUUCAUCAUCCCUGUCAUGGUCAUCACCAUCUGCUAUGGUCUGAUGAUACUGCGUUUGCGCAGCGUCCGCCUGCUCUCCGGCUCUAAGGAGAAGGACCGCAACAUGCGCCGCAUCACCCGCAUGGUCCUCGUGAUUGUCGCGGCCUUCAUUAUCUGCUGGACGCCCAUCCACAUCUUCAUCAUCAUCAAGACUCUGAUGGAGAUUGACUCUGGGAACGCCUACGUGAAAGCCAGCUGGCACCUCUGCAUUGCGCUGGGCUACAUGAACAGUAGUCUCAACCCUGUUCUCUACGCUUUCCUGGACGAGAACUUCAAGAGGUGCUUCCGGGACUUCUGCCUGCCCUGCCGGACCCGCGUGGAACGCAACACCCUCAACAGGGGUCGGAACGCCAACCGGGAACCCGUGUCCAUCUGCGCUCCGACUGAAGCUGGGACGGAAAAGAAGCCCGUAUGACUAGGCAUGGACCAGAUCCCUCGUGGUUCUCGAUCCAGGAGGGUCCAGCAAGACCUGCAGUCUGAGAUCACCCAGAUCUCCACAACAGAGUUCUGACAGGACAAACAAUGAUUUAGUCAGCCUCACACAGAGGUGUCAGUAAAGGAGGUUCCAAAACACACCAUAGUUUUUUUAGACCUCAUUGACAUUCCUACCAGUGAGAUUUAGGAACUUUCUUUAUUGUAGCUCAGAAGUAGAGAGAUUAAAUUCUUCAUCAUAAAUCCUUUUCUAUAAAACUCAACACACAUCUCUGUGAAGGUUCUAUCUAGAGACAAUCUGCGAAGGUGCCAGGCCCUUUUGAGUAGUGAAUUUCUGGUUUAUGACAAAUGGAUGUCUGGCUGCAGAGUGAAUACACAGGAUGUUGUCAAGGACAGUGGUCCAAAGUAUACAGCAUCGUUUUGUCAACAAGUCAUCCUUGUUUGUGACUGAUGACAAGCUGCACAAAUAUAGGACUGGGGUUGUUUUUAAAACAAGGCAACAGGGUAAGGGAAACCAAUGAAUGAGUAGAUAUGUAGACAUCUGAAAUGGGGACGUUUGACCCAGGAGGGGGUGGAGAAAACACCCAACACUGUUCAGUGAAAAUGACAGUUGUUACAGCUGACGGACUUGGCAAAGAUUCCAAAUGCUAAGCAGUGGUCUAUUUUUAUCUCAUGUACCAGAGACUGCAUCAUCCAUCUUGAAGUAGUGUGAAUAGAAAAGACAGACUGUAGCAUGGGUACAGUACACUGUGAGUGUGAUGUCAAUGCUUCUCCAGGCCACAGUAGCCUUGUGCUUUGACAAACUGAGAAAGUGCAGAAGCAUGGAUGUCCAACCUUUGUUAAUCAGACCUUCUUUCUAUUCUCUGGGAAGCAAGCACCUGUAAACUAACAUCGAUGAUGAAUUUUCAAAGACUGCUGACGCAUAUUCCAUCACACUUGACUAAGAUAUAAUGGAGAAAAAAGUCGUUUUCCACUUUCCAUCUACAAAAGGCAAAACAAAUACAUUUCAUGCGCCACAGAGGAAGAAGAAACUACAGAUCCGUUUUGACAGGUUGGAUGACGGAUGAAAACAUACUUUAGUGCAAAGCACUGGGGCACGAGACACUGAAACAAAAUGGGAGAAUGGGGCUGAUAGCUACAUGAAUCUGCAAACAAUGGAAAUAUACCACAGAGCUCUGUGCCUGCCUGUGCUCCACUGCUGUACCAUAGCAUUUCCUCACAGACACCUCGGCUCUCAGCUCCAAACCUACUAGACUUUCAUAGAUCGGAGCAGAGAGGUAGAAGGGACCACUGAGAGGAAUAACUAAACAAUCAUAGACCACAGAGGGUGGAGGAGCAGACAGCCUAAUCUAGAUCUACACUCUGUGUGAAUGCAUUACUACUUUGAUGAAUGUAAAAAUGAAACAACAACAGCAAAACAACUUUAAAACUGACAAGCCUGAAGAGUAUGGCGGCUUGUGAGACCAAGACCACAAACCUCUUGAGAAUCACUGAGCAUGUACAUAGCUGAACCAAGUGAGAUUUGGAAAGGACUCACUAUCUGUGUUACUGUGUAAUUGGAGAAAAACAUUGUGUCAUCUGUCAAAUUAAAUCGAUGGCAGAUUAGAGAGACUUAACUAUGGCAUUAAGUCAUGAUAAGAUUCCUAAGAAAUAUGAUGACAGCGCUCAAUUUUACCUUGAGGGCAUCAACUAAUUAUAGUGAUUAAGAUUAAAUUGCCCUUCAUAUUUCAUAGGCUGUAGGCUAUAAUUUAUGACUUUAUUAUAGGGUAUAAAUUCUCCCGGUAACCUUGCAAAACAUCAAUACUGAUGAAAGAUCAAGCCUGUAAAUCGUUCCAUAGAUUGCAACCCACAUGGCACCCUAUUCCCUAUAUAGUGCACUACAUUUGACCAAGUAGUGCACUAUGUGUAGAUAUAGAUAUUCUCAGAACUCCUACAUAUUAUUUACGUAGUUGGCUAACUUUUUCAGUGACAGGUGAAACUACCUGGCUUCCAUUUGUGUAUGUGAUUCUGUAUGCUGUUUUGAUGAUGCCUACCUCUCUAUUUUCACAGUGAUAUUUGAUCACAUAGCUGUAUGCUCUAUUAGCUACUGUACUGCUUAACUGCUGAGGCUAGUCUUACAUUAAAAAAGAAAAGAAGAGAGAAACAGAUUAAGUCCCAUUUAUAAAAUGAGAUUAUUUUCGUCCCGGUCUUAUUUGCAGUAUAUGUCCUGGCAGUGAGUGAAAAUGCUUCAGGACUAAUAACACAGACUGCUGAAUUAUUUACAGCCGAAUCCGUUUCUGGUUUAUGUUCUCUUUGCUUUUGUCAGUAUUCCUGACAGACACACUUUAUAUUAUAAUGUGGAUCUAAAACUAUGUAUUUACAUGGCUUCUACAAAGAGAGAUAGUGUAUUAAAAUGUGGAACAGACUACACAUCAUUAUGUAUAACAGAUAUGAUAUUGAUUACAUGCAUUAGCUUUGCAAACAAGCUCACAUCGACAGGGUAGAGAUAUUUAAGUACUGUACUCCAGUGUAACAAUGUUCACAACUUCUGUAAAUGAAUUGUACAUCUAAAUAUGGUUUUAACACCCUUUAAUACACAGUGGGACCAUAAUGGUAAAAGGUACAGUACAGUACAUCAAACUGACAAAUGCGUGCAAAUGUCACAAAAUAGAAAAUGACCACUUAGCCACCCAUUUUAUUAGAGCAACAGUUGCUAAUAGCCUACUAUAACCGUUUGCCUCUGAGUGUCUGUUAUAGAACGAUGGAUUUUAUAUUGGUCAAGGCUAACUCCCACAUAGUAUUUCUCAGAACCGCUGUCAAUAGCUACAAUACAAUUGUAACUUUCCUUUCUCUUGUCAUGUGAGUCACUCUUUGUGUUGAAAAUCUAAUUUCAUUAUUUCACAAUCUAUCAUUCAUGGUUUUUAUACUUAUAAACUGAGUGUACAAAACAUUAAGGACACCUUCCUAAUAUUGAGUUGCACCCCCCCCCUUGUU